CGCGCCGCGAAAGCUCGAGCGGAGCAGGUAGUUGGUGAAGGUGAAGUGAAAUUAAAUGUCGUCGCUCCUCGCGCAGCUGGACGAGCUCUCCGACGCCGGCAGCGAGGCGUCCGAGGCCGAGGCUCCGCCCGAGGGCUUCUCGUACGUCACCGGGCUGCGCGCCACCGCCGCGGACGUGCUCGGCCCUCUGCUCUCCCGCGAGGAGCUGCGGAGCAGGCUCGAGGAGCGGAGCGCCGCGCGGCAGCGGCGCGACUUCCGCGCGGCCGAUGCGGCUCGCGACGCCCUCGCGCAGCGCGGCUACACCCUCGACGACCGCGCAAAAAGCUGGACUGCGCCCGACGGCACGAGCGGCAGCAUCGACCCGUUUAGCGUGGCGGGCGAGGAGGAGGAGGAUCAGGAGGAGGGGUCGUCGUCGGGCGCGCAUGCAGCCGCGCUCGAGGCGAUUCAGCGCGUCGCCGACCAGCUGACCGCGCUGCAGGCGCGGGCGGCGUCGCUAGAUCCUGUGGCUGUGCGGGAGGCUUGCACCACGCAGAGCUGUGCUGCGACCUCGAGCUUCAUGAAUGAAGAAUUGAUUUAUUAAGGGUUGAUCAACAGGCUUGCACGCAGCUGUGCUGCGACCUCGACGCGAUCGACGUGCGCGGCGACGAGGCGCUGCGGCGGGCAAUUCAUUAGUUAGUCAAGUAAUUAAUCAUUAAUUAUUAAUUAGGUGCGUGGAGACGAGGCGCUGCGGCGGGCGCGGCGGGAGCAGCUGCAGCGGUGCGAAGAGAUCUCGGCGGCGGAGGGCGCUUUUGCGCACACGGAGGGGGGGGG